ACGGCGGGGACACAUAUGCAGGAGCUGAUCGCCCCACGGUCGGUCAAAUUCUUCUCAGCAGAAGGAUACGUACUUGGCAACAAAACAACGUUAGAGGCACUGCUCCACGAAUGCACAGGGGUCCCUGUUGACGCGCUUCGAGGGAAACCUCCGGCUGACUUCAGCAUUAACGAGCGACUCUCUUGGCUGGGACAGCGCAAGACGAAGCGUCCCGAAGACCUUGCGUAUUGCAUGCUUGGCAUCUUCGACGCGCAUAUGCCACUCAUCUACAGCGAGGGCGAGGAGAAGGCAUUCCUCAGACUGAGACGAGAGAUU